CUUCCGAGGAACGUACAUACAGCAUAUAACCGCAAAUAGAGCUGCUAAUGUGUUUAUGCAGAAGCAUGCAAGCACGAGCGAGCUUAUAUAUUUCAUCUCGCGAUGAGUGAGCGCAAUCUGACCGCUGUGUGACAGUCAUGAUGGCCGCCGUGCGUCGGUUUCUGGCUCUUCGAAACAAGUUAACCAGCUCCACCAACGGUUCAAGCAUUUACUUUAGCAGCAGGCAAUCAUUCAAUGGAAGAGCUGUUCUGAAACGUGUAGGAACAGGGCUGUGUAUCGCUUUCGGUGGAUUCGCUGUUUACUACCAUCACAAUUCGACCUCAGAUCCGGGAUACACAGCGAGUCGGCUGCGAGCAUUGAUUUCUCCGAUUCCAGCAGUAGCUGCAAAAGAGAAGACCAAUGCAUCGGCUGAAGAUGUGGUGUCAAUGUCAGCCCGUGAGCACAGGUUCAGGCUCUUCAGCUCAUUGGAGUAUGAAGGACAGCUUUACAUGACUCCCCUCGACUUCAUUGAGUCCAUCACCAUGAUUGAACCAAAGAAAAAGAGGUUUUGGAGAUCCCUCUCAAAACAGGAUUUAGACAAGAUUCUGUCUGAUACACCACCAGUUUGGAAAGGAUCUUCCCGUCUGUUCAGAAACCUGCGGGAAAGAGGCAUCAUCGCUUACACAGAGUAUCUGUUUCUGCUUUGCAUUUUGACAAAGCCACAUGCAGGUUUUAAAAUAGCUUUCAACAUGUUUGAUGCGGAUGGCAAUGAAAUGGUGGAUAAGAGGGAGUUCAUGGUGCUUGAGGAGAUAUUUCGUAAGAAAAAUGAAAAGAGAAAAGAGCGGGGAGGAGAUACCGACAGUUUAUCUUUACUGAGUGUGGAACUGUACGGAUAUCAAGGCUCUGCCAUCAGCAAUGUACUUAAAAAAGAACAGCUACUUUCUGAACCCAGAAGUUUCUGGGAUGUUCUAAGGCAUGGUGCAAGAAUAAUUGUCUUUUCAGAUCUGAUGGAGCACGAACCAGAAAAUGUCACCGACACAACCCUGCUGGUGCAUUUUUUUGGAAGAAAGGGCAAAAGUGAACUAAAUUUUGAUGACUUCUACAGAUUCAUGGACAACCUGCAGACAGAAGUUCUUGAGAUUGAGUUCCUCAGCUAUACCAAGGGAAUGACAACUAUCAGUGAGGAGGACUUUGCUAGUAUCCUGCUGCGCUACACCACGGUGGAGAACAUCACUGGCUACCUUGAGAAUGUGCGUCAAAGCAUACCAGAUGAGAAGGGCAUCACCUUUGAAGAGUUUAGGUCCUUCUUUCAGUUCCUCAAUAACUUGGAGGAUUUUGCCAUUGCAAUGCAGAUGUACAACUAUGCAAAUCGCCCAAUUGGACAAGAUGAGUUUGCUCGUGCAGUUUAUGUGGCCACUGGCCUAAAGCUCUCACAACACCUUGUGAACACCAUUUUCAAGAUCUUUGAUGUGGACCAUGAUGACCAGCUAAGCUACAAGGAGUUCAUUGGGAUUAUGAAGGAUCGGCUCUACCGUGGCUCUUGGGGAUACAAAGGUGAAGAGAGAUUCACAUCUUUUAAAGCCUGUAUGAAGAAGGAACUCACUUGCAAAUAGGCACAAGUCCUGCUCAAUUCUGCGUCCUUAGCCAUCACAGUGAAGAAAUCUCCAAUUUAAUUGAAAGUUCUCAGUGACUCAAUGCAAUUAUCUACCUGACUGGUGUCAAACACUUUCAGAUACAAACACUGCCAUAAUUAGAUUAGUAUGCUACCUCUUCGGCCUACAGUUAGAGCUUUGUCACUUGUCAGGUAUUUUCUAAACUCUUUAAAAGCCAUUAACUAAAAGAUAUAAUAGCCAUGACUUUUGUUUAUUAAGCAGAGUUAUUAAUUUAAAUGUUUCUAGUGCCCACAUUUUUGGGAUAGAUGGCACUGCUGUAAUGAUUUGUAAAGUAGUCUCUUCAUUUUCAUGAUGAAAUGUUACUUACUAAAAUUAAAAAUGUUCCAUAUGACUUACCUUUAUUCAGGAACUGUUACUUGUGAAUAUGUCACUUAUAUUUUAUAAUACAUUUUGCAGGGUUCCCACUGUUAUGGAAAGCCUUGAAAUAUCAGGGAAUUUUAAAAUUCUGUUCUUAAGGCCUAAAACAUUAUGUAAAUUAUUACAAUCUUAAACGUCAUAGAAUAUAUAUUUAUGAAUAAAUAUAUAAAUAUCAAUACAAUAUAUAUAAUAUAAAAUAUAAUAUAUAAAUAAAUAAAUAUGCAUUUUUUAUUGUUACACUCUGAUCUAAUAUAUUUUAUCGAGAGUAAAUUUGCUUGUAAGCCAUACUGAUGUCUGAUUUGUGAGCAAAUUAUUAUUUUGUGUUGGUUAUUUUAAAUGAAAUUCAUUAGUCAAAAAGUGUGGGAACCCUGAUUGUGGCAUCCCACAAAACAUCCUAUUUCUUAUUAUGUUGAACUGAAAAUGUAAAUCUUAAAAGUACUGAAUUCUGAUGGAAGUUAUAUGUUCUAUUUAUUUAUUUAUAUCAAUUUUGUGUAGAAAAAAUGUUGUCUUGCAGAGAAACUGACAAAGUCUGAAUAUUUCCCUGCUGCAUUGGCAGUGCAUUGUUUAAUUUGCUUCUUUACGAGUUAUAAGCCAGAUAAUCUUCCCUUACAAUGAGCACAUUGCUAACAUAGUUUCUCUGAGCUUGUCCACUGCCCACCAACCAGAUCAGCUUACAUAGGGUCUGCCAGUCUAAUCUUACUGUACAAUGUGCUGCACACACAGAUCUCUCUCUCCACCAUCUAUGACUUUCAUAGACUUACUCCUUGAAAACAACAACAAACAAUCAAAAACAGAAUAUAACAGAACUCUAACAAUAAUAGAAGAGACACAUGAAUUCAAAUGUUUUAGGGAUAAGCCAUCAAUCUCUGUUCAUCUCAUUAUAACAGUAGUUGGCCUGUCUCACUGUAAACUGAAUAACUGAAUGAUGCAUCAUGCUUUAGAAAAUGUACCAUGUUUUAUUAUAGACUUUUAGGCAGUUGAAGUCAUUUGUUUUUUGCAUUUGACAGUUUGCAUAUUCCAAGUCUGUUGUCAUAUGUGAAGAAUGCUUUUUAUGCAUUAGUAUUCAGAUUGCUUAGACAGUUUGAAUGAUUUAAGACCAUAAUCAAAAUAAAAUAUUUUGGUGGUAA